AUUCACCCAUUGAGAUUUCUGUUUGUUUAAAGCCAGCAUUCUUGUUGCUGAUGCUGGGUGAUCUGCAGUGUCUUUCUCAGGCCUGAUCAUAGACAGUUUGCCCCUCUUAAGCUAGUGUUUUUUCAAGAACUAGAAGCUCAAUUAGGCCAUUUCUGGAGAAGUCUUUUUAAUAGGGUCCUUAAUUAACAGAAUAUACCAUUCUCAUUAUGUGAACGACCAUGUCUUUGCCUUGACAACAACCUGCAGCCGUAAAGCGAAUUUAAUUCUCAAACAGGAAGAUUGGCAACAGCUAGCAUUGCAUAUAUUGUUUACUGUGAUAUAUGGGAUUCUUCCCUGGAAACCACGGAGAUGCUAUUUGCCUGGUCUAACAGUAAAUAAUGAGAUAGACCACAAUGGAUUUUAGUACCUCAUCGGUGUUUGAUCAGCACAAAGGUGAUUCAGCAGAAGAAAUCGACCUCACUGUGGUUUACCAAGCAGCUGCUAAUGGCGACGUCAACACACUGACUGCAGUGAUUCGUGAAGACCCUUCAAUAUUAGAAUGCUGUGACAGCGAGGGUUGUACCCCCUUGAUGCACGCUGUUUCGGGACGCCAAGUUGAUACAGUGAAAUUGCUGUUGAAGAUGGGAGCAAAUAUUAAUACUCAAGAUGCCUGUGGACGCACCAGUUUAUCUCUUGCAACCUAUCUGGGAUGGCUUGAAGGCUGUGUCAGUCUGCUCCGAAAUGGUGCCAAGCAGAACAUACCUGAUAAAAAUGGGAGACUGCCACUGCAUGCUGCUACCGCAGAGCCUGAUGUGAGGCUUCUAGCAGUGCUGCUGCAGCAAUCGCAUCUAAGUGACAUUAAUCAUCGGGACAAUGAGGGAAUGACCGCCCUUCACUGGGCUGCUUUCCACAAUCGGCCCCAGCAUGUGCAAACCCUGCUGCAGAAAGGAGCAGAUCCAACUCUGGUGGACAAAGACUUUAAAACAGCUCUUCACUGGGCAGUACAGAGUGGAAACAGGAUUCUGUGUUCCAUCAUUCUGAACCAUCGCCAGGGUCCAUCGAUAAUAAACUAUGAUGAUGAGAAUGGGAAGACGUGUAUGCACAUUGCUGCUGCUGCAGGUUACAGUGACAUCAUCAGUGAGCUGGCUAGAGUCCCAGAGUGCAAUCUACAGGCCCUUGACGUGGAUGACAGGACACCUCUGCACUGGGCUGCAGCAGCAGGGAAAGCUGACUGUGUACAGACGCUGCUGCAGCUGGGGAUAGAUUGUAGCUCUCGGGACAUCAAUGAAAACACUCCUCUGACAUAUGCCUUGUACUGUGGGCACACAGCAUGCAUCAAGCUGCUCUCUCAGGAGAACAGUAGAUCUGAGCCAGUCCAUCACCCUCCUUCACAGAACAAUAAAAUCCUAAAGAAGGAAGGAAGAUUCAGUAUGCUUAACCAAAUCUUCUCCUGCAAAAAGAAGAAAGAUGAUCAGAAAACAAACCAGAAAGACAGAGGCAGAGACAGAUAUCAAAGGGAAGAGACCUCGGAAGUUGAUGACAUUAUCACUACAUUUGAUUGCAUUAUGGACACAAACUAUAAUGACAACUCCGAGAAAUGUAUGACCACUGUUGACUUUAAAAGAAGGAGCACAGACACCCAGAAGUACCUCAUAUCAGAAAAGCAGCAGCCAGAGUGUAAUGGACUUCCUCCAAUAAGAACACAAAGUCUCCCCCCCAUUACUGUAGGCAAAUCUUUUCUAACAACUUCCUACAGUGCAUCUUCAAGUGUCUCCUUGGGUAAUAAUGCCUACCAUUUUGCACACAGGUCUCAGAAAAGUAGAAGUGAACAUGACUUGUUAAAUCACAGAAGUAGCUGCCAGACUUUAUCAGACAAUCCUUGGAACACAGAUGCUAAUCAAAUACUCUCGUAUAAAGUCUGUACUGCAACUUCUUCAGAUAAACUGAUAGAUGGUUUACUCUCUGAAAGAUCCAGCCAUGUGCUUUUGUGCCCUCCCCACCUUCCCUAUCUGCCUAGUUCUCCAUCAGGGAAAAGUUUUCAACAGAUGUCCCUAGACCGACCCAAAGUAAAAGACCUUACUCCUGUACGGAGCAAUCUAUCUCCCAUACCAGACCACUGUGUUCAGAAAAUCCGGCUACCACCUACUGAAGUUUCUCAUGGUGUCAAGAAGUCAAAGUCUCUGUCUUUAAACUCCUUAAGGACUGGCACAACUAUUCUCCCACCAGCACUUACCUCCAAAUCCCAGAGAGGAGGACUUUCUCAAAGUCAUUCACUGCAUUCCUUCUUACCUGUUGUAUCAGGGGAGUCUCUCAGAACAAGCCGUGUCCUGCCUGCUAUCCCGAGUCAGAAGGGAUCCACUCUCACAGUGGAAUACUUUAAGAAAUCUUCCAGCAAAUCAGACAGUGAAAAUUAGCUCAUCUUGCUGGCCUCAAACACAUAGAUGGAAAUAUUUCUAAGCUUUUUAUUACAAGAUAACUAUACAGUAGAACCUCGCUAAUUCACAUUAAUGAAAGCUGAUGUGAAGUAGACUGUUAAUGAUUAAGCAAUUUAAAAAGCAAAGAUAAUGCAUCACACACAGUAUUUUGUGCACUGUUUUGACAUUUUUAGUAUUUUAAUUUAUGAUUAAUUUGAUAGUGAGUAGUAAAUAUACUGUAGUAUAUUUUGUGAAAGGAAACCCUGGUAACAUACAACCCCACUACAGCACUGUGCUAUUAAAUCUUUGCUGAGAAAGAGGGCUAGAAUGCCGGGUUUGUGUGAGAGUCAUAAAGUGUUUGGAUAAGUGAAAUAUGAGUUGGUGAGGUUCUACUGCUCUUAUAAAUUUGUUAGUCUCUAAGGUGCCACAAGUACUCCUUUUCUUUUUGCGAAUACAGACUAACACGGCUGCUACUCUGAAACCUGAGGUUCUACUGUAGUUCAAAAAGCAAAGGCUCUGAUGCUGAAAACCAAUUUUUUUUUUAAACUAAAAUUCUGAACUCUAAAGAAACAUCAGUUUUGGUAAAUCAGCUGUUAUUUUCCAAUUUAUUUCUAACAUAUUUUCUACACUGUGAAUUUGUGAUUUUUGUGAUCUCCACAUGCCAAAAAAAUGUAAUACAAAAAACCAAAUCUUUGUAAGACAGACAGGGACAUAGCAUGGGCCUUUCAAAAUGUUUGCUAUUGCACAGAUUGAUUUAUGUAUCUGAUUUACUUAAUACUUUAUAUUCUUCAAUAACAAGACACUGUAUUAUUUUCAUAUAACAAGGAUAAUUCAAUCAGAUCAGUGUUAUUAGCUGUUAUUUCAUCAAUUUAAUCCUUCUGAGCUACAAAUUAAAAAAAAUAAAAACUGAAAGCUUUUAAUCAACAGAAAUUUGAGUUGCAUUAUAUGGGUGCAUGCUGUAUGGUCUUUUGCAAAACACUUUCUAACAUUGUACUUUAUUGGAGGCUGACAGAGUUAGUUAGCAUAUGAUUGCUACAGGGUGCUCAUCUCAUUACUUUCCCAUAUUACAGUCUUCAGUUAACAAACUACUUCUCCAUUUUCAGUCAAAUACAUGGGUUA